ACCAUUGAGAAAAAAGGAGCUACUUCUCAGACUGACGAAAGAGUCCUCCCAGUCCCGCUCAUCAAAUCCACUCAGUGACAUCAUGGACCACAAAACCGAAUUACAGUACCAAAAAAAUGAGAUGGAGAGGUUUGGUGUCCGCUGAAGUGAAGAGAACAUCAGGGGACUCGAAGAAAGGAUGGACGGGAGAAAUAGAGCAAUGAUCGUGGUUUUUCUGCUGUGCGUCCUGGCAGAAAUCCCAGCAAAAGGCCACAUUCUGGAUGUGUGCGCCACCUGCCACGCCGACGCCACCUGUGACGACAAGCCCGACGGCGCCGGAAAAGUUUGUAACUGCAAGUACGGCUUUGUGGGAAAUGGGAGAACUUACUGUCAAGAUAAAGAUGAGUGUCAGAUAGGUGCCAGUAAGAUCUGUGGGCAGCACGCCACCUGCCACAACACCUAUGGCAGCUACUACUGCACCUGCUUGGCCGGCUUCAGCUCAUCUAACAACAUGAGCGUCUUCAUCCCAAAUGAUGGAACCCACUGCCAGGACGAUGACGAGUGCAGGGUCGUGGGCGCGUGUGGAGGCGGCGCUCGAUGCAGGAACCUCGAGGGCAGUUUUGACUGCAGCUGCCAGCUGGGAUAUCGAGUCCACGACGGACCGGAGCCCUUCAACCCUCACAGCGGCAACGCUUCCUGCCGAGUGGUGGAGUGCGGGCAGGCCGCCACAGUGGAGGACGCGGUGCUGCUGUCAUUGACAGGCACCACGUACAGCAGCGUGGCCACGUUUGUCUGUGAGGAAGGCUUCAUCUGGAGGAGCGGCGACAACAGCUCUGUGUGCGGAGCUGAUGGAGGGUGGAAAGGUCCCAACAUGGUCUGUGAAGAGGUCGACUGCGGCGCCCCCCCUUCCCUCCCCCACUCUCACCCGAUGUGGGGCCACGGUUCCAGAAUGGGCACCGAGGUGGUUUAUCAGUGUAACUCUGGAUUUCAUAAUGUUGGAACGGGCGAUGUGUCCACCUGUACUUCUGCUGGACAGUGGGAGGGACCGUCCAUGCUCUGUCAAGACGAUGACGAGUGCAGGGUCGUGGGCGUGUGUGGAGACGGCGCUCGAUGCAGGAAUCUCGAGGGCAGUUUUGACUGCAGCUGCCAGCUGGGAUAUCGAGUCCACGACGGACUGGAGCCCUUCAACCCUCACAGCGGCAACGCUUCCUGCCGAGUGGUGGACUGCGGGCAGGUCGCCACAGAGGACGCGGUGCUGCUGUCAUUGACAGGCACCACGUACAGCAGCGUGGCCACGUUUGUCUGUGAGGAAGGCUUCAUCUGGAGGAGCGGCGACAACAGCUCUGUGUGCGGAGCUGAUGGAGGGUGGAAAGGUCCCAACAUGGUCUGUGAAGAGGUUGACUGCGGCGCCCCCCCUUCCCUCCCCCACUCUCACCCGAUGUGGGGCCACGGUUCCAGAAUGGGCACCGAGGUGGUUUAUCAGUGUAACUCUGGAUUUCAUAAUGUUGGAACGGGCAAUGUGUCCACCUGUACUUCUGCUGGACAGUGGGAGGGGCCGUCUAUGCUCUGUCAAGAGAUUGUGUGUGGAAGUCCUCCAAUGAUUGAAUCCACCGAGCAGGUGUGGGACGGUCACUCAACCCCCGGCAGCACUGUGCUCUAUGUUUGCAAAGAGGGCUUUUAUUACAAACACGGACUUAAUAUAUCAACGUGUAAUGAAAACGGUCAAUGGACCCCGCCAACUCUGACGUGUCAAGACAUAUUGUGUGGGGACCCACCUGUACUGCCACACACUGGACACAUAUGGAAUGGCAGCUUCCGCCCUGGAAGCAUAGUGACUUACUACUGUAAAAUAGGGUUUUAUCCCAGUGAUGGAAAUAACAUGUCAGUGUGCUCAAUAAAUGGUUACUGGACAAAAACAAACAUCUCAUGCAAAGAAGUUGACUGUGGUGUGCCACCACCCAUCCCAAAUUCGAUCCCACUGUGGGAUAACGUCUCCACAUUGGGCUCCCAGGUAGUUUAUGAGUGUAACUCGGGAUAUCGCCGUGUUGCAGAGGGAUACGUAUCCGUUUGUACUGCCAGUGGAGAUUGGGAUGGAGCCUCUCUGCUCUGUCAAGGUAAGAAUGACGUUAAUCCACACAACGGACAGGAGGCACAUAACAGUGUGAAUGUUACUGUCAUCUGUCGACUGUCAUUACGACUGCUUAAAACCACAAAAUGUUUAAAUUUAUCCGCGAUGACUCGUUGUCUUUUUGUUGUAGAAAUCAAUUGUCAAGAGCCUCUUUUUAAACCUGGUGCUAAAACGCUGUGGGACGGCUCAACGCACAUUGGCAGCGUGGUGUAUUACCAAUGUGAGGAAGGCUAUCGCAGCGGCAGCUUGAGAAACUACUCAGUAUGUGGAGAAAAUGGACUGUGGGAGGAAAUUGAUCUAUUGUGUGAAGAGAUAAGCUGUGGCCCCCCACUAACCCUCCCCCAUACUAACCUUCGUUGGGACGGCACCAGUAGGCCGGGAGGUGUGGUGCUGUAUGAGUGCAUGGAUGGAUUUUACCAGAUGAGUGGAAACAAUAUUUCAACAUGUUUACUAUCGGGACAGUGGGAGAAAGUAUCUGUGAAGUGCAAAGCUAAAUGUGGGCCAGUUCCCUUCAUUGCCAAAUCAGAGGUGAUGUUGCAUAACAGAAGCGUUGUGAUCCACCGCUGUGUGGGUGGGUACCGCAGCUGGAGGGGCAGCUACAUCUCCGUGUGUGGCAGCUCUGGGGUUUGGCAGAGAGCUACACUCAGAUGCAGAGAAAUAAAGCCACCUGUCAAUCACCUAUUUGUCCUUAAUGAAAAAUGUCUGCGUUGGAGAGCAGAGAAGUAUGAGGAGGACAAAGAAGUGUACCAGGUGACAUACGAAGGAUCCAGAGAGUACCAGAGGUCCUUUCAUGACAGAGGGAGGCAGCAUCUGAGCUCUAAGGCCGACCAGCUGGAACUCUGUCUCAACCUGCUCCCAGUCACGAACUACAGCAUCUCCAUCACUGCGCUGUCCUCCAGAUUCACUGCCACCAUCUCCACUAACACCAGUUUAACAGUGCCUCCAGCACCAGUUGUCUACUACAGAGAGUUUGAGACCCCCGUACCGACUUUGAGGCUACGCAGAUCACCUGACACACUGGACCCAAUCAGUCUGUACCAGGUGUUUGUGCUUCCUGUGGAGGGGAUUGUGAUGUUCGACUGUUCCUCUCCUGCGAGCUCAGACAUCUCGAGCAGAAGAAAGUCCUCAACAGAGUACAUCACGGCCCAGAUUGACGUCGGACAUCUCGGGAGAGAGAUGAACUUUACUGUAGGAGACGGACGCUACUACGGAGGCUUCUUUAAUGCACCACUGCAAAAUGGCAGAAACUAUUACAUCAUCGUACGGGCUGUCAGUCAGUGGAAAUCGGCUUUAAAAAGUGCCUGUGUCCUGUGGGCUAAAGUAAGAGGUACAUCAUAUGUUCUGAGGGUUUCAUCUCUAUCGGCUGCUGCAUCAAUAGGACUGGUUGCCAUGGUUAUUCUGGGUGGAUACUGUUUCACCUGGUAUGCAAGACGGUUUUUCAAGAGGACAUGACACUCCAAAACUCAACUGUCUGCGUGACGAAUAAAUGGGGUCAUGACCCAUCUGUGCAUUUUAUUUUGUACAUUUUGCAAAUAAUCAUAAUACUAUAACUUUUGUUUUCAUUUCCUUAAUGGUUCAAUGGUUAUUUGGUUGCCAAUAUUUAUUUGAAAGCAGGCAAUCCCCUUUGUAAAGCAGAACCGUUGUGACUUUAGUGUUUGACAAACCUUCUGACACAGUCACAUGAUCAGAGUCUACAAACGUCUCUCGUCUCGACCGAGUACAGAAGAAAAUAGUACAUUUUGAUAAUCCUAUAUUUAUAUUAGCGUCCAUGGUUUCUUACUCCACUAUCAUCUACAAAUAUGUAAAUGAAUAAAAAUCACAAUAUUUAUGUA